GGUUGCAGCCAUAGCAACGCCACCUGGUGCGCUGUUAUCCGUAAGUGGUGUGGAUGGAAAGCAGAGGCUGCUUUGAACUCCGCGCACCUGCCGCCGCCGCCGCCCAGUCUCGCCAGGUUCAAGGUACGGGAGUUUCUUUUCUGUUUGCCUUUGCCUGCCUGCUAUGGACGAGGCGGAGGACGAUGAGGAGGAGCCCAAAUUCCGGCAGCCUCGACCACCUCAAGUAGCCCGCGAGGAUCAUGUGAGAAGCGGAGGAACCGAGAUGAAGAAAUUUACGCCAGGAGGCGGAGCUGCGUCCUUUGCGCGCAAAAACUCCUACAACAAUGAGCUGUGGCUCCUGCGAGACGCGGACCCCGCACCUGCCAGUGGCAGCACAGCCUCUGCUUUGUUAUGCCAGAGGGAUGCUGCUGGCGGCUCAGAGUCAGACCACAGGAGUGGAGGGGACACAGAGGCAGGCGUCACAGGAGAGGGAGCCAUCGGCAUGAUAUGCAACAAAAACGGAGAUUGUAGAAGGGACCCGACCAGUUCAGGGAGCCUCUCCUCUCUCAUCUCAAGGCAGGAGAAGCAGACGGAUGGAGUAGUGGCAGCAGCUGAAGACGGCAAGGGGCAGGCUGCGAUUAUGGACGGCUCUCUCACUUCAGCGGGGUCCCUGACACAGGGGCCCGGGGCCGAGGUCAAGACCGCGGCAGCGAUGGAGAAAAAGGACUCAAGAGUUUCCUUCUCCAACGCCCCGGCAGGUAAAGGACAGACUCCGAGUCAACAGUCAAGAAAUUCUGUCACAUUUUCCAAAGCUGAGGAUGGCUCUCAGAUAGUGCCGGAUGAUGGAGACUCCAGGGGGAACCAGACAUACAUGCAGCGGCAGUUUAGUUCCAUGCUUCAGCCCGGAGUUAACAAGUUCUCCCUGCGCAUGUUUGGCAGCCAGAAGGCAGUGGAGAAAGAGCAAGAGCGCGUAAAGUCAGCAGGCAACUGGAUUAUCCACCCAUACAGCGACUUCAGGUUCUACUGGGACUUCACCAUGCUGAUGUUCAUGGUGGGCAACCUGAUCAUCAUCCCCGUGGGCAUCACCUUCUUUAAGGAGGAGACCACCACGCCCUGGAUCAUCUUCAAUGUGGUUUCCGACACCUUCUUCCUCAUGGACCUCGUGCUGAACUUCAGGACUGGCAUCGUGUUCGAGGACAACACCGAGAUCAUCCUCGAUCCCGAGAAGAUUAAGAUGAAGUACCUGAAGACCUGGUUUGUGGUGGACUUUGUCUCCUCCAUACCCGUGGAUUAUAUCUUCCUCAUCGUGGAGAAAGGGAUAGACUCUGAGGUGUACAAGACGGCCCGGGCGCUUCGCAUCGUUCGCUUCACUAAGAUCCUCAGUCUGCUGCGGCUGCUGCGGCUGUCCAGGCUCAUCCGUUACAUACACCAAUGGGAGGAGAUCUUCCACAUGACCUAUGACCUGGCCAGUGCUGUGAUGCGAAUAUUCAACCUGAUUGGUAUGAUGCUCCUGCUGUGUCACUGGGAUGGCUGUCUCCAGUUCCUGGUUCCCAUGCUGCAGGAUUUCCCGUCUGACUGCUGGGUCUCCCUCAACAAGAUGGUGAAUGACUCAUGGAGCGAGCUCUACUCCUUCGCCCUGUUUAAGGCCAUGAGCCACAUGCUGUGCAUUGGAUAUGGAAGACAAGCCCCAGAGAGCAUGUCGGACAUCUGGCUAACCAUGCUCAGUAUGAUCGUUGGCGCCACCUGCUAUGCCAUGUUCAUCGGUCACGCAACUGCCCUCAUUCAGUCUCUAGACUCAUCCAGACGGCAGUACCAAGAAAAGUACAAACAAGUGGAACAGUACAUGUCGUUCCACAAGCUACCGGCCGACUUCCGACAGAAAAUCCAUGACUACUACGAGCACAGAUACCAGGGCAAAAUGUUUGAUGAAGAGAGCAUCCUGGAGGAGCUUAAUGAGCCCCUGCGUGAGGAAAUCGUCAACUUCAAUUGCCGAAAGCUGGUGGCCUCCAUGCCGCUGUUUGCCAAUGCCGAUCCAAACUUUGUGACAGCCAUGCUGACCAAACUGAGAUUUGAAGUCUUCCAGCCCAAAGACUACAUCGUCAGAGAGGGCACCAUCGGCAAGAAGAUGUACUUCAUCCAGCACGGGGUGGUCAGUGUCCUGACCAAAGGAAGCAUCGGCAUGAAGCUGAUGGACGGCUCCUACUUUGGAGAGAUCUGUCUGCUGACCCGUGGCAGACGGACAGCCAGUGUGCGAGCGGACACCUACUGUCGCCUGUACUCUCUCUCUGUGGACAAUUUCAAUGAGGUGCUUGAGGAGUACCCCAUGAUGAGGAGGGCCUUUGAGACGGUCGCCAUCGACAGAUUGGACAGGAUAGGUAAGAAGAACUCAAUCCUGAUGCACAAAGUUCAGCAUGAUCUGAACUCUGGUGUUUUCAACAACCGCGAGAAUGAGAUGAUCCAAGAGAUAGUUAAAUAUGAUCGGGAGAUGGUUCAGCAAGUUGAUGUACCACGACCACGGGCCAUGUCCAUGACACCUCCUCUACAUGGUGGGAUCUUUACUCCUCCAGGUUCCUCCACCCAACCCCAGAAUUCAGCAAUUGCCACUCUGCAGCAGGCCGUAGCUAUGAACUUUUGUCCCCCCAUGCAAGGGAACUUGGUGGGAGCUGGGAACCUGCAGUCCCCUAGGAUGGUGAGGAGAUUCCAGGUGAUGGAAAGUGUAUCCAGCCCUGUCUCAGCCUCUCCACUGCAGUCUCAGCUCCUUGCUUCUGGUGCCUUUGCUCCCAUCCUUUCCAGCCCCCCUGUCCAGAGCCCACUGGCAGUUGGAGGACGAUCAUUCCAGUAUGGAUCCAGUGGCCUGGCGGGUCCCACCUCAGGCUCCCAGCUUUCUCUAGUCCAGCAGCAUACAGUCAGCCCUGCACACCGGCCCAGCACACAUAAGAGUACCCAUUCUUUGCAAAUGGGGGGUCUCAGCCAAGACGCCAGGGCACUGUCAGCCUCUCAGCCCUCACUGCCUCAUGAGGGGGCGCAACCAGGUGCCCCUAGUCCGACCCCAUCUGCACGAGUCUCCUCCACUUCCAUUGGACCCCCUCAGACCCCGUCAGGUCACACAGGCAUCCGAAGCGCUAUACCACAUAGGGUGGUACUGCCCCACCAGAUGUCUGUGGGGGCCUUCCCUGUAGCAUCCCUGCCUGGUUCUGUACAGGGUUUUGGAACUGGUGCAGGGCUGGCAGUAGGGGGUGUGGGAACAGGUCUGGGGGACUCAGGACUACCCAAGAAGGACUCUAUAGUGAGCCUUCCUGAGACAGACUACAUCAAAGUCAGAUCCAGGCUAUCCUCAAACUUGUGAUCUUAAUUACACUCUUCUGGAGGAGUGACUCAAUAAGGGGUUAGACUGCAGGAACACGAGGGGGGUGGGGGGGUGUUUCUGUUCUUUCUCCUACAGUUCCUCCUCUCUCUACCCACUCCAGUUAUGACUAUCCGAAUGUAUGAAUGUUGAGCGAGUGGCAUCAGGGAGAAUCUGAGAGGAGACUGUUCUCACAUAAUAAAGUCUGUAUGAUGACUUUUGAAUCUGCAGCAUCGAGAUGUUUCUACUCACAGACAUAGAAGCUGCACAGAUCACUAGAGGUAAAGUAGCAUCUCUCCAUCUCUGCCUCCUUUAUUUACUGUAUUUUACAACAUAGUCAACAAUAUAUCUGCAUUUCUGCUUCACUAUACUCGCAUUCACCUCAUUUAAUGCAAAUUUAGGGUCAAAUGGGACUAAAAGAAAAUCAGGGACCUGAUACCAGAAGUUGGCACUUUAAUGGGGUUUAACUACUGUAUCGACCACAUUUUGUCAGUAGGCCGGCUGUAAAAGAUGAUCUUCUCACAAAGUCAUAAAGAGUUUUAACAUUAAAAUUUUUCUUGUGUUUCUUAAGCAUCCCUGAAUACCAAAUUUGUAAGCACAAAAUUGGAUAAUAUUUAAUAAGAGAUCAUGAGAGAAAAAGCAAUCUCCUUUGACUACCUUUAUUCCAAUGUUUUAAGCCAUAUUUCCCCCUAGAUAUGAAUAGAUUAGUAAGUAUAUUUAUAAAUAAACGGGCAUUUUCAGAAUCUAGAAGGCCUCUUUUGUAAAUCUUGCCUCUGAUAGUCCCCACAGAUACAUAUGUAAUCUCCUAGGAUCUUCAGAUGAAUAUCCUUCAUGCUGAAAUUACAGCUCUGGGACAAAUUGUUCCAGCCAAGCCAUAGAUUUCUACAGGAAAUGUCUUCAUGUUUGUUUAAUUUGAAGCUGCAUUAAUCAAUAUUUUUUUAUAUUAACAGUGAAUCAAAUGACGAAGGGUAAUGGAAAGGAGUUGCUCGUCGUAGUGAGAACCACAGAGAACAAUCACUCAACUCUGCAUAUCUGUGGAGCUUUUUCGUCUUUUCUUUUAUUUACUUUUUAGCUCAGUUCAGUUUUCUCUACCCUGUUGCCAGAGGCAAAAGGCAGCCAGUUUCCACGUGACCUGCACAUUUAGCAAGCUGAAGAGUCAGAUAUUUUUCUCAGGAGUUGGUGUAGACUAAAACAGAUCUAAAAGGUGAGCAAAUUUCGGCUGCACAUCUGUCAGAUAGCCAGAAAGAGGCGGGAUUAUAAUGUUGCUUGUUGUCUGCUGGAUGUUUAAUCAGUCACAUGUUUGCUAACAUGUCUGCUAUCACAACUUAAUAAAGUAAUAAUAUGUAAGGUUUGUGUGUCAGCUUGUUUUGCCCUUUGCGUGCCCCCAAGUCGACAAAAAUUGAUUAAUGCAGCUUUAAGUUUAAAUGAAGUAAUGGGUUUAUGGGCAGUAGUCAUGUGAGUAGUAAUAUCCCACACUUUGUGAAAGUAUUUUAAUGUAUCGUAGACAUUAUAAUUCACUGCCAGUUAAUUACAAAGAAUGUUAUACAGCUCAAAAUGUAAAUACAUUCAAACUCCCAUAAUCCAAAUAUAAAUCCAUUCUCUUAUAACCCUGAAUCUCACAUUUCUUGUGGCAGCAAUUUGGGCAAUGUGUCACUAUGCCAAAGUCAAUUCAUACAGAUAAUGAAACUCCUGCAAAGCCCAGCCCUACUGUAAACGCUACAGUUUUGAUCAACAGCCAAGGACAGCACAGAUACUUUGCAGGAUGUAUAUCGCAGUGUGCCUCUGUCAUGGAUGCCUCAAUAAGAGUUCAUCGGAUGCUGCUGAUUUGUGUCCAAAAGCAUUAGGAAGGGAACCUUUUCUCCCAGACCUGACAUUCUAUUCACCUCAUCUCACUAAUGCCUGAACCAUUACUGGGUAAUGAGACUGGAAAUUGGAAUCCCUUGAGUCUGUUUGCGACUGUUAUUAUUCCCCUUCGAUUGGAUUUCAUUAUACAGUGCCAAUGAUGAGUUCCUCCUCUAUGAUCAUUUUGCAUUUUCAUUUUGUUUAGUCCCUGCGUUGUUAUCCACCUUGAGAAUUCUGAAUAGGACAAAGUUGAAGGUUUGUAAGUAUUUUUAUACAGUGUUUUGGAGGUCUGUUGUGUUUUUGUUUUAUGCCCAAAUUAUGCCCUGUGGAACCUAUUUGGAUGCUCAAAAAUAAUUAACAUAGAGGCUUGUUAUGAGAAUAGUGUUUUAAUGAACUUCACAUUGUGUCCUGGAGGCUACUGUCUUAGGACAGGAAAUGCAUUCAGUGACAAAAGUUUAUAGACAUGUUUUACUUACAUUGGAAAGCAUGCAGUAGUGAAAGAUGAAAGAAAUUAGAAAUCAGAUGGACUGCAAAAAAAAUGGCCAGUAGUAGUAGUAACUCAAGCGCAAUGAUCCUAAAACUAAAGUUUCAAGCCUGGAAUUUUUCGUAUGUCAGUGUUUUCAAAAUGUGAAGAUAUAAAGGACAUGUCGCAGAAUCAUUCACACUAAACUAAACAAACCAAUCAGAGAAUACUACACUAAACUCAUGUUCAUCACACAAAGCAAUACCUGUUUGAAAAAGAGUGAGUGGUCACUUGCAGAUGAUGUGCUGUUGUAUCCUUGAGGUGUUAAUUGAGAUUUCACCUUUUGGACUGAUUUCCCAAAUGUUCCUGAGAAUUUGUUUAAAGUUUAUUUUUGAAAGAACUUGAACAGAGAUUCCGAUUCUAAACGCACUCUUUAGUGACACUAUCUUUAUUGACAUGGGGGUUAUUUCGAUGUAUAAACAUAGUGUUCAUCAUAUAAGCCAGACUAUUUAUUUAUUUAGCCUAGUUUAUUAUAGUUGUAGACGUACUGAAACAGAAAAUGUUUGAAAAAGGAAUAUCUUUGUAAUCUUAUUGCCUAUUAUUGUCUGGUAUGAACUGAUAAUACUUGAGCAUAUAAUUAAAGCAGAACAAAACCAU